AUGCCGAACCCAAAUGUGCCCUUACAUGCAGGCACAACUACGCUGUUCUUGGCUGCAUUUGCUGCGAGUAUGGUUGUGGUCGAAUGUCUCAUUGACCCUGGCGCAGAAGUAAGUGUGAAAACGAGCGCUAGCUGGCCUCCUGUGCACGCCUGUACUGCAAAGGGUGCAAUGGAUUGCAUAAAGCUUCUUCGAAAGUGCAAGCAGCAGUCCAGGACGAAGAUAGGCGAGGCCACACGCCUCUUUGUCUUGCUGCCUCUAUGGGACGGGAAGCAGCCGCUAGAGUUCUCGUGGAAGCAAGCCAACAUCAAAUGCACCUUGGAUCUCAAUGGUUAG